UUUCACAAAGUCCGCCUGACACCGUCCGUUUCUGGGGGCCCCCAGACCUUGACGGCGGAUCGCGCUGCUUCCUUUCUCUGAACUUUCUUCUGACAUCUGCAGAACUUCGCAUCUCAAAGGAUCUCUUCAGAUUUUCAUGGGCGAACAUCUGGGCUCUUACAUUUUGUGUUUCUCUUAUUAAAGGCCAGAUCGGUGUGCAGAAAAAAAAAAAAGAUGCAGUUUCGCACUGUCCUUGACGUUAACGUUGUGGACGUGCAGAAAAGAAGGAAUCCCUCCAAACACUACGUCUACCUUAUCAAUGUUACCUACUCAGACUCCAGCUCCCAUGUCAUCUACAGAAGAUACAGCAAAUUCUUUGAGCUGCAGAUGCGAAUCCUUGACAAAUUCCCAAUUGAGGGAGGACAGAAGGAUCCCAAGAAGAGAAUCAUUCCUUUUUUACCAGGUAAAGUUUUGUUUCGCCGUAGUCACAUUAGAGAUGUGGCUGUUAAAAGACUGAAGCAUCUGGAUAACUACUGCAAAGCUCUGAUGAAACUUCCUUCUUUAAUUUCUGAAAGUGAGGAGGUCCUUAAGUUCUUUGAAACCAGAUCAGAGGACCUCAACCCUCCAACAGAAGACAGUGGAGGAUCUGGUAGACGGAAAUCGGGUCUGGAUGCUUCAGACCCCAUGCUCCUGGAACAAUACGUGGUGGUAGCCAAUUACGAGAAACAAGAGCCUGCAGAAAUCAGUCUACAGGCGGGUGAGGUGGUCGACGUCAUUGAGAAGAGUGAGAGUGGUUGGUGGUUUGUCAGCACUGCAGAAGAGCAGGGUUGGGUCCCAGCUACUUAUCUCAACUCUCACAAUGGGACACGGGACGAUUUGGAGCUGGGUGCCUCCAAAGCAGGGGAAGUUACUAAGCGACAUAAGGCUCAUCUGAAGAGGCUGGACCGGAGAUGGACGUUGGGGGGUGUCAUCAGUCGGCAGCAGAGCCGAGAAGAGAAGUACAUCACAGUACAGCCUUACUGCAGCGAGGGAAAAGAUGAAAUUGCUUUUGAGAAAGGAGUCAUUGUUGAAGUCAUUCAGAAGAACCUUGAAGGCUGGUGGUUUAUCAGAUACCAAGAUAAAGAGGGCUGGGCUCCGGCAUCCUACCUCAAGAAAGUGAAGGAUGAUUUGUCUCCACGCAAAAAGACUGUAACAGGCCCAGUCGAGAUCAUCGGCAAUAUCAUGGAGAUCAGCAACUUGCUUAACAAGAAGUCCUUAAGCGAGAAGAACAUGCCAACUGAAGGAGUCCCUGAAAGUCCGCUGGUUGCCAGGAAGGAGAUCAGCUUGCCAAUCCCCUGCACUGAAUCCAGCCCUGUUACUGCCCCACAGGAAGGAAGAAGCAAAAUUGAGCCUGCCUCACCCGCUGUAGCCCGGAUAUCCCCUCAUCGGGUGGAAAUAGGUUCGCCUGUCCUCAAGCAAAAACCUCCCCCUCGGAGAGAUGCAACCCUGGGUUUUCAGUUGCCCUCCCCUCCAGAUCCCCCUGCAGUUGAAGCAGAGUAUUACACCAUUGCAGAUUUCCAGUCAUGCAUAUCAGAUGGCAUCAGUUUUAAUGGUGGACAGAAAGCUGAGGUGAUCGAAAAGAAUUCUGGUGGAUGGUGGUAUGUCCAGAUUGGUGAGAAGGAAGGCUGGGCUCCAUGUUCCUACAUUGACAAACGAAAAAAGCCCAACUUGAAUCGGAGAACAAGCACUCUGUGCCGACCAAAAGUUCCACCCCCGGCUCCACCUGUCAAAAAGCAGGAUUCAGUGGAGACAGCACCUCCAAGCAGUCCAGGGUCUGAGGCCCCAGAGUCUCCUGUGUCUCCUGGGAGGCAAGUUUAUGAAGACCCAGUAUAUGACAUACCUGCCAUUGGAGAUCUGGACCUGGAAUCUGAGUUUGAGUUUCUGAGGGGGGAAAGUUCUCUGAUUGAUUUAAAGAAUGAAGAAACUUCCUCUGAGAAAGGAUCUCAUUUGUCUUCUAAGCCAUCUCCUGCUUCAUCACUCCACAGCGCCUCCUUUAAAUUGGGGGAAUCAUUUGAGGAUGGCCAAGAGGCAGAAGGGGAGCCUGAAGUAGAGGAGUGUAUCUAUGAAAAUGAUGGCUUUCUGUCCUUCAGGGAGACCCCAGAGAGACAGUGCAGCAGAGACUCAAACUCGUCCAAGACAAGUGUUUUGUCAGAAAAUAGCAAGACUGCAAACCAGUCAUCAAGUGGAUGGAGAGCUUCUGGUAACAGGCUCAAGAUUGACUUGAAUGGGAGCCCUACAUCAGUAAAAUCUGAGGACACAUCCAGUCCCAAAUCACUGUCAUCUGAGUCAACCCCAGAUUUGUCCAAAACAAAGAGAGAAAAUGAAGAGAGCAAGAUGAUCUCCUUCAACAAGUCUUCCUCUAAGCUAAGGCCUGUGGUGAGACCUAAGCCACACUUGGCUAAAACAUCUAGUGCAGAAAAGAUGGACAUCAGCACUCUAAGAAAACAGCUACGGCCAACAGGUCAGCUGAAGAAUGGAACCAAAAGUAUAGGUGAAGAUUCUGAGACAGCUUCAGUCAUUUCCUCAGAAGAUUCAUUUUCCUCUCAGAGUACAUCUGAUCUCUCAUCCAUCUACUCCAAAGGCAGCCGGGGAGAGUCUGACAUGGAAGGCUGCAAUCUCUAUCGCACAACUGAUCCAUAUGAGAAAGUUCAAGACUCUGAGCUUAGCUUCCCUGCUGGGGUUGUGGUGGAAGUUCUUGACAAGCAGGAGAGUGGCUGGUGGUAUAUCCGUUGGGGAGAUGCAGAGGGUUGGGCCCCAACAUACUUCUUGGAGCCCGCCAGACAACAAGAUGACAUGGGAGAGUAUGAAUCUUUUGGUACCCCAACUAAACCUGGAAGCCUCAGCAAGUCCAACAGUCUAGAAAAGAAUGAGCAAAGGGUUCGGGUGUUGAACAACAUCAACCAGAAUUUUAAAAAGGUCAUGCCACCCAUUCCUUCUAAACCUCCAGGUGGUCUCUCCAAACCUACAAGCUUUUUCAGUUCAAUUAGACAAAACAGCACCAAGCAGCAGCAGGUUGUCAGACCUCAGUCUGUCUUUAUCUCAGCGCCAAUCAGGGAUAGUUCCAGCCCUGUUGUGUCCCUGAGGAGAAAUGAGUCUCUCAAUUCAACAGGCAACCCACGAGUAAGCCCCACGGUGCGACGCAAUGCUUCUUUCGGUGCUGUGCCUCGUACCCUUCCGUCGAACAACAGGAACAGAUAUGGUACCGGUAGCUCAGAGUCUUUGGGCCUGAGCUCUCCAAUGAACGCCCUUCCAGUGUCCCCAGUGAAACCAAAGCCCCACAUCAUCCAUAAUAACCUUAGGGAGGUGUUCGUCUCUAUUGCAGAUUACCCUGGUGAUGAGGAGACUAUGGGGUUUCCUGAGGGGACAAGUCUGGAGGUUCUGGAAAGAAACCCCAAUGGCUGGUGGUACUGCAAGGUUCUGGACAAUGGCAAGCCAAGGAAAGGAUGGGUUCCCUCUAAUUAUCUUGAAAAGAAGCCCUAGAAAACCCUAUUGAACUGACCUGCAUUAAACAUGCAUGCAAAGUCUUGCAGAUGAAAUGGUUUACUCUAAAAGGCUAAUCCGGUACCUUUAUUAAUACAAGCAGGAAGGCGAUAUUGUAACCAAGCAGGGAUGGAUUACAUGUGGUAAAAGUCAAAGUGCCUAAAAACUUGCAUUAAUGUUUGGGAUUCAGUGAUAUUACUAAAGAUCAGUGAAUUACUGAAUAUUUUCAAAUGUUUACAGUGCCUUCCAAAAAAAUUCACAGGCCUUGAACUUGAUCAUAUUGUGUCAUUUUGCACACACAAGUAUUAUGUUGUGAGUGUAAGUGAUGGACUAAAACAAAACAGUGCAUAGCUAUAAAUAUAAUUAAGUAAGAUGAGUAAGAUUCACUCCACAAAUCUAGCUUUUGCUGCAAAAGGGUAGGGAGUAUACUUUGAUUAUCAUUUAGAGCAGAGUUCUUUCAUAUGGGGGUCGCAAACCCCUAUGCAGCAAGAGCACUUUGUAUGACAAAAUUUCUUGAAUUAAAUUAACUAUCCGUGAUUCUGCACAGGAUGUAACCCCACCACCCCCUACCCCAUCCCUGUUUUUCUCCCUUCACGAAGCUUGUGCACAAUCCUCUGAAGACAAUUCAGAUACCACUCCAGGUAUCUAACAGCCACAUAUAUAACGUCACAGAAGCAGAAACUUACACAAAACUAUGAAAUGCUAAUUAAAAUAAGUGGUUUCUUGUCCAGCAGAACUACAGCCAGUUUGAGUCCAAAGUUGGUGAAAGGCAGUCUAUGAAGCUAUGAAGAUGUGCUCAGAUUUACAUAUGAUAUGGUUCCUAUUUGGUCCCUGCUAUGGUGUAGGUUCCACUUCUCUUCAUAUCUUUUCCCCCUUCUAGGCUGAUAGCUGUCUAUGAGGUGACAUGCAGUGGAGGUAUUGUCACCUUCCCUGGUGCUUCGGCAGUCAUACCAUCAGCUGUUGUGUGUACAUACUCUGUCAUACACAUGCUGAAGGAGCUGCUGCUAAGGAAGGGCUCCGUCCUUUGAUUUUGAUGCCGGAUAAAGUGGCAUUAACACCAGAGAAUUGUGGAAGUAUUCUUUAUCCUUAAUCUUUUGUAAAUGUUUUAAGGCAGAAAUUAGUUUCUCUGGGUUAGAACUCUCUGGGUUCAAAUUGUCAUCAUAGGGGGUGUGUUAAAAUGAUGCAUUCAUGUCACACCUUUCAGAUUGUUAUUACUUUUAAUUUAGGUUCACAGCUUUGCACUACAUUCUAAUAAGAUCCUUUGAUAUUUCCUGUUGUAACGUGACAAAAUGUGAACAAGUUCAAGUAAUAUGGAUUAUUUUGCAUUGCACUGUUCCUGUCUUUAUUAUUCUAGUCUGAACCUUUUUCUGUACAUUUUCAAUGCAUUUCUUAAUAUUCUUAAGAAAUUAUGGCUAACUGCAUGUUUAAAAUGUUUUAUUAUAUCAACAACACCUUUUACUCAUUUUGUGCUAAAGAAAUUUGUUGUUGUCUGAGCUGCUUUAUGUUAGUUACAUCUUGGUGCUGCAUGUUUUUUUUAAUAUAUAUAUAUAUAUCUUUAUACUUUGUUCUGUUUAUAUAAAGCAUUUUAUUAUUUUUUCACAAUGUUGGUCAACAGAAUCUCAGAUUUUCAGUAUUUGUUAACAGCAUUUAUGAAUGAACUUGCACCAUCUUUUUCCUUUUUUCAUUUAUUUUUCUGGCAGCAAUCAAUCUUGCAUCAGUGAAAAAUAAUUUAUUCAUUCCCUAAACUUGCAUUAAAAUAUCACAGCUUUAAACUUUUCUAUCAAAGACAUUGACAUUUUGAAUUUCUGCUGGGCAGUAAAUUUGACAUAACUUUUUUUUUGUUUUGGAUGCUCAUUUCUUGUUUAUUGCAAAAUGUGUGACCAGUUAUAAUAACUGAAGUGCCAAAAACGACUCUAAUAAAUGCACUUUUAAACC